ACAAUAGUUUUGUUUUGGUGGGGACGGCAGAACCAAAAACAAUAGUUUUGUUUUACCCCGGAUUGUCACGACAAUACAGGAUACCCAAAAUCGCUGCGGAGCAAGAAGGGAAAUUUACACUGCAAUUCGCUUCAAAUUUUGCGACUUUCAGAUAUAUCGGUAAGAAAUAGUUUUGUGAAAUAUGAAGAAAGGAUUGCACCCUCAGAUGCAGUGGAUAUCGUAUGUGACCCAGAGUGGGCGAUUGAUGCAUGUUAUGAUGACAAAAAUCCAUCAUGUUGGUAAAGUUUACCACUUCAGGGCAAGACGCCAGAUGGCUGCAAGUGAAGGACAGAUUGCCAAGUUUAACCGUCGCUAUGGGCAGGAGAACGCAGAGAACUCUGAAAACAAUGAAAAAUGAGUCAUUGAAAAUGCAGGGAAAAGAAUUAGGUAUCUGUAGUUUGCUUUUGCAUAUCUAUGUUCUGGAAUAAACUUGAUGGUGACUCAAAAUAUUUCAUAUUUUUACGAUGAAGAGCAUUUGACUUAAAGAAUAUUUCAAUUUUGAUCCUGUUUGUGAUUUUAUUGGCUAUGCAAAAGCAGCUUUUCUGGAAGGAAUCAGUCGACCUGAUUUACAUUAGAAACUAUUUUCCCAAAAAUAUUUAAAAGUUUAUUUUUUAAUCCCACACUCUAAAGCCCUAUUUCUUCCUUUAUUCCCCUUGUAAUCCUACAUUGGCAUAUUUUGACGGCAACCGGAGAAAGCCUCACUCUUUUUCUCUAUUUCAGGGACUUGAGAACAUUUUGAAUUGUUGAAUUGGCGGCAUGGCUUCUUCUUCAUUGUUUUCUACUUGCACUCUUGACAAGGGUUCUUUUGGUUUUAAAGCAAUAGGCUUCAAGAAAGAGUUAAUGUGCAGUCACCUCUUCAAUAAACUGCCUGCAUAUUCAAGGGUUUUAACUGGGGUGAGAUCAAUGAAAUGGAAUCAAAACCAACAUCUGUCAAGAAAUGCACUCAAGUGCAACGCAUUGGAAUUUGAAAAUUCACUAUCAUUUGCAGUGGGUAAGAAGUUUCAACUUGAUGAUGUAAUUGAAGCUCAACAGUUUGAUAGAGAAGUUUUAAGUUCUAUAUUUGACGUUGCACGGGAGAUGGAGAAGAUUGAAAAGAAAUCACCUGGGAGUC